AUGAAAGUCGAUCCGUCCCGCGCCUCCACGCUCGUAGCAAACCUCACUGCCAUCCAGUCGCGCGUCGCUGGUGCCGCCUCCAUUGGCCAGAAUGUCCGCCUCGUGGCCGUGAGCAAGCUGAAGCCUGCGAAUGACAUUCUCGCGCUGCACCAAGCGCCGGCCUCCCAUGUCCACUUUGGCGAGAACUAUGCACAAGAACUAAGGGAGAAGAGCGAGCUUCUUCCCCGGGCCAUACAGUGGCACUUUAUCGGUGGCCUGCAGUCAGGCAAGCUUCUCACCCAUUCUGCAAUCCCGAAUCUUUUCUGCGUCUCGUCCGUCGAUACGGCCAAGAAGGCGCAUCUUCUCAACACAGCCCGCGCCGCACUGCCUGAUCUACCCAAGAUCUCAGUGCACGUGCAGGUGAACACAUCGGGCGAAGAGGCAAAGUCAGGCUGCGAGCCGGGGGAUGCCACCGUCGCACUCUGCCGCGAGAUUCUAGAGAAUUGCCCGAGCCUGCACCUCCUUGGACUGAUGACCAUUGGUGCGAUCGCGCGGAGCAAGGCGACGACAGCAGAGACAGAGAAUGAGGACUUUGCCACGCUCAAGCAACAGAGAGACCUUGUCGAGAAGGAGCUGGGUCUUGAGGCGGGCCGGCUUGAGCUGAGCAUGGGCAUGAGCGAGGAUUUUGAGGGCGCAAUCAAGAUGGGCAGUGGUGAGGUCAGGGUCGGCAGCACAAUCUUUGGUCAAAGGCCACCCAAGGCCGAGGCGAAGAUCACGGCGUAG